CUCUCUCUCUUUUUUUCUUCUCCUUAUCCUCCUCCUCCUGCUGCUCCUGCUGCUGCUGCAAUUUCUUGGAGACUGAGAGGAGGGAAAGCUCCGAUAGGAAGCGACGAUGCCCGCAUUCGCCGCUUCCGGCCACCUCCUCAACCCCACCCUCACUCACUCCCUCUCCUCCCGCCGCCGCAGAUUCCCCUCUUCUUCCCAAAACCCUAAACCCCUCCCUUCCCUCAAGUGCCACCUACCCUCCUCCUCCUCCUCCUCCGACCCUCCCACCUCCGAUCCCCGCCCCGUCAAAUCCCUCAACCUAGCCCCUCCUCGCCUCCGCGGCCGCGGCCGGCGCGGCCGCCUCCUUCGCCAUCCUCCUCCGCUUCUCCCCAUCGGCGGCGGCGGCGGCGGUGGCGGCGGGGGUUCGGAGGUGGUGGCGGUGGGGGGGGGUGGUGGAGAUGGAAGCGGCGGCGGUUUCUGGGGGCGGCUGUUCUCUGCGCCCGCCGCGAUUGCCGACGAGCAGCAGAAUCAGGAGUGGGACUCCCACGGCUUGCCUGCCAACAUUGUGGUGCAGCUCAACAAGCUCAGCGGCUUCAAGAAAUACAAGCUCUCGGAGAUCUUGUUCUUCGAUCGGAGGAGGUGGGCCACCGUGGGGACCGAGGAUUCCUUCUUCGAGAUGGUCUCCUUGAGGCCCGGCGGCAUCUACACUAAAACGCAGCUCCAGAAGGAGCUGGAGACGCUGGCCACCUGCGGGAUGUUUGAGAAAGUUGACAUGGAAGGGAAGACCAAGCCGGAUGGGAGUUUGAGUUUGACCAUUUCUUUCACCGAGAGCACAUGGCAAUCUGCUGAUAAGUUUAGGUGCAUCAAUGUGGGGCUGAUGCCGCAGUCGAAACCGAUCGAGAUGGACCCGGAUAUGACCGACAAGGAGAAGUUGGAGUACUACAGGAGCCAAGAGAAGGAUUAUAGGAGGAGAAUCGACAGGGCGAGGCCGUGUCUGUUGCCGACGCCGGUGCAUGGGGAGAUUCUGCAGAUGUUGAGAGACCAGGGUAAGGUGAGCGCGCGGCUGCUGCAGAAGAUUAGGGAUAGAGUGCAGAAGUGGUACCAUGAUGAAGGCUACGCAUGCGCUCAAGUUGUUAACUUUGGGAAUUUGAAUACUAAGGAGGUGGUUUGUGAGGUUGUGGAAGGGGAUAUCACUCAGCUUGUGGUCCAGUUCCAAGAUAAGCUGGGCAAUGUGGUUGAAGGGAAUACCCAGACUCCUGUCAUUAGAAGGGAGUUGCCUAAGCAGCUUCGCCAAGGCUAUGUUUUCAACAUAGAAGCAGGAAAACAAGCUCUUAGAAACAUCAAUUCUCUAGCUUUAUUUUCAAACAUCGAAGUAAACCCUCGUCCUGAUGAGAAGAAUGAAGGGGGCAUCAUCGUAGAGAUUAAGCUCAAAGAACUAGAGCAAAAGCAGGCUGAAGUUAGUACUGAGUGGAGCAUUGUACCUGGUCGAGGAGGUCGACCCACGUUGGCUUCGCUCCAGCCUGGUGGAACUGUUUCUUUUGAGCAUAGAAAUAUCAUGGGCCUCAACAGGUCAAUUCUUGGUUCAGUAACAACCAGCAACUUCUUAAAUCCUCAGGAUGAUCUCGCUUUCAAGCUUGAGUAUGUGCACCCAUAUCUGGAUGGAGUGACUAAUCCACGCAAUCGAACCCUCCGUGCCAGCUGCUUCAACAGCCGGAAGCUGAGUCCUGUGUUCACCGGUGGUCCUGGAGUGGAUGAAGUCCCCCCAAUAUGGGUCGAUCGAGCUGGUCUUAAGGCCAAUAUCACUGAGAAUUUCACCCGGCAAAGCAAAUUCACUUAUGGACUCGUGAUGGAAGAAGUAACAACUCGGGAUGAAAGCAGUCAUAUCUCCCCUAACGGCCAAAGAGUCUUGCCAAGUGGAGGAAUCAGUGCAGAUGGACCUCCAACGACCCUUAGUGGAACUGGUAUCGACAGAAUGGCAUUCCUACAAGCAAAUAUCACACGUGACAACACCAAGUAUGUUAAUGGAGCUAUUGUUGGCCAAAGGAAUGUAUUUCAGCUGGACCAAGGUCUUGGAAUUGGCAGCAAUUUCCCAUUCUUCAAUCGCCAUCAACUAACAUGUACAGGAUUUUUUCAGUUGAAACAAGUGGAGGAAGGUGCUGGUAAGCCGCCACCACCUGUUCUAGUUCUACAUGGCCAUUACGGCGGUUGUGUGGGGGACCUCCCAAGCUAUGAUGCCUUUACUCUUGGCGGGCCGUACUCCGUUAGAGGUUACAACAUGGGCGAGCUAGGUGCAGCAAGAAAUAUCCUCGAGCUUGCAGCUGAGCUACGGGUACCAGUGAAGAAUACACACGUGUAUGUAUUUGCAGAACAUGGCAACGACUUGGGAAGUUCGAAACUCGUCAAAGGGAAUCCAACCGAGGUCUACAGGCGUAUGGGUCAAGGCUCGUCAUAUGGGUUCGGUGCUAAGUUUGGUCUAGUACGCGCAGAAUAUGCUGUGGAUCAAAAUUCGGGCACCGGGUCCUUAUUCCUUCGGUUUGGAGAGAGGUUUUGAUAUGUUUUGAUCGUUAUUGUGUUGCAUAAUAUUUUGGAUGCCGAGUUUCAGAAAAUGAUUUGAGGAUCAGUUGUUUCAGUCCCGCGAGAUCUUUUAAAGGUGCUUAGGAACCAGAUAUAGUUUUUGCCUCAGUAUGUGCUUUUCCUUGUCAAUUAGUGGUUGAAGGUUUUAUCUGUAGUGAUACAUUGUCAUGAAUGGACUAAAUCCAAGACAUGUAAUAAUCAAUGGAUGCAUCAAGUUACUCGUCUCUCUGCAUAAUUC